GUCGACCGAGACUCCAGUGAGGAUAAAGUGGGAAACAAAGCAAUCGAUUUUCUGCCGUUCGCCGGCUGUCCGCUUCCCCACACUUUAGGCCCUCGUCACGGUCCUGCUUCCUUCUCCUUUUCGCGCCCGUGACGUUGCUCUCUUUAUUUCUUCAAUCCGAUCUCCCUCGUCCAAUUUGGUCCCCUGCAGCCGGCUCCUGCUUCCGUGGCAACAUUCGGUCUGGAGUUGAGCGCGGAAAUACUUCCGAGGCACGGGUGAGACUGGCGCAUUGAGAUCACCAGCGUCCCUGUCUCCCGUGGGCCUCCUUGGAAGAUGAACUCGCUGAACAUCCUCUCCUCGCGAGUCAUCGGGCAGUCUUCCAGCUCUCCGCGUCCACGAUCGCAAUCACAGAGCGAGAAACGGCGCGCGGCGGCGCCGGGUGACUUUGACUUCGGCAAGCACCGGUCCUACAGCGUGGACAACUUCCGGUCAAGUGCCAGCCCCAAGCAGGAUUACGACCACCCGGCUCCAUACGCGGCGGACGAGGACUACGAGGACACGCACUAUCCAUUUGAUGAGAAGACGACUUUGCUUCACGGCGUUCAGCAAGAUGAUGUUCUCGCAACGAAGAGCACUUGGCGGCUCAUGACCAAACGGAUCUUCGACGCGAUAGCCGAAACGAUCAAAUUCAUUCUAUCCACGCUCGCUGCCCCCGGUAUUUUCGUGGCCCAGUGCUUUCAAAAUAGCGACGGCCACUAUUCGCUUCUUGCCCCAGUUAGGAAGAUCUGGAGAACGUCUGCCGAUACAAGCACCCGGUCGGAUAAGGGGGCUCCCCGGGUAGAAACGCGGCGAAGAAGUGGCUCCACUCGCAAGCCCAGGCCGCAAGCAUCUCGUGAAUCCGUUCAUUCCAAUACUUCUGAAUCAGAGACCGACCGCGGACCCGUUCAGGGCAUGACCCGCGGUAAGACUCGAUCAAGCAAGAACCAAGCCCAGGACCCCGACCCAAACCAAGACGACAAUACACCCCGCCGGUCUAUACGAAUUAAGCUGCAUAACGAGGAAAGCUUGAAAAAGCAGAGGCAACAGCGACGGACUCAGAGUGCGGAUCUGGGGCACCCGAUGCCCGAGGGUGUAACUCGAGUUCAAGGCGCCGUUAAUUUGGAUAGCUUGAAGUCUCCUACCUCUCCUUCUGUUCAUCGCAUUACAAAAUACCCCCAUUCUCCAGCUCCUCCACGUCCGCUUCUCCCGCCGCGACCGCCUUCAUAUACAGCCGCACCGCGCAAUACCAAACUUCCGCAGAAAACCUUGGUGCUUGAUCUCGAUGAGACGCUCAUCCACUCGCUCGCAAAGGGCGGUCGCAUGUCCAGCGGGCAUAUGGUUGAGGUGAAACUCUCCAUGCCCGUGAGCACAGCUCUGACUCCCGGAGGGCCGCAGGCCACGUUGGGUCCGCAGCACCCAAUACUGUACUAUGUCCACAAGCGGCCACACUGUGAUGACUUCUUGCGAAAGAUCUCCAAGUGGUAUAAACUUGUCAUCUUUACAGCAUCCGUACAGGAGUACGCCGACCCUGUGAUCGACUGGCUCGAGCAGGAACGCAAAUACUUUCAGGCACGCUACUACAGACAGCACUGCACGUUUCGGAACGGCGCAUAUAUCAAGGAUCUGAGCUCUGUUGAACCGGACCUGAGCAAGGUUAUGAUUUUGGACAACAGCCCGAUGAGCUAUCUUUUCCACGAGGACAACGCUAUUCCUAUCGAAGGUUGGAUCAAUGACCCCACGGAUAACGGUCUGUUACAUUUGGUACCCGUGCUGGAAGCUUUGCAGUAUGUCACCGACGUUCGGGCCCUGUUGGCACUUCGUCGCGGUGAGACGGAGACAUAGUCGCUGCGGUCUUUUAAUCGCAACUUUGUAAUUACGGAUGCACAUCGUAGGUGUAAAGGGAGUUUUAUACGAUUUUGCCUGUGUUCCUCUAUAAUCCAAGCCACAUUCGAUUCACAAGAAAGAUGCACUGAUUGCACGGACUGGAGGACUUGCGCAUGAGGAGCGAAGCCAUAUCAUCGCAGCGCAGUUUGUUCAUAAUGGCAUGAGUUGUCUUCUUUACUAGAGAUGAAAUGCAUUAUACAUACUUUGCAUCGAGUCUAUAUUUGCUGUGGGUUUCAAGCAUUAAUGCAGUGUUUUUUUGUGACCAUGUCGAGGCUCCCGUUGGGCGAGUUGGAC